UCUCUUUAUAAAGCCAGCAUACAGCAUAAUGUGGUGAGAACCACCAUUAACCACUCUCUCUUUCUCUUUCUCUUUCUCUUUCUCUCUCUAUCUCCCGUCAUCAUCAAGAAACCCCUGUUUUCCAUUUCACUUCAGUGGGUUCUCUACAACCCAAAUCAUUCACUCUUGUCCACUGUGUUCCCUUCUCAAUCUCCAUCUUCACUCAUUGCAACGACACGCAAAUCACCCGUUGCCCUUUUUUACCCAUACUUGAAAAUGUGUUCCCAUUUGUUUUUAUCUUGAUAUCUGCUGAAUAUUUUCCACUUGAUUCACAUCGAUUGAGAGAUCAUGGACACUACUACAGGUAGGUAUCAGUAUAGAAAUAGACCCGUGAGAGAUAAUCAUCCCUCUUUCUCGUCUUCCUUGCUCGAUGAGAUCUACCGUUCCAUCGAUGAGCGAGAUGACCGAGAGUUGAUGGUUUAUAGAGAAUCCAAGAGGGAGAAACACAGCAGUUUCUCCAUUAAAGACUGCUUUCAUGAUAAUGGUGAAGUUCAACAACAGAGUCGGAUUCAGAAAUGGAUGGACAAAGAAGUGCACGAAACAAUUGUCGUUAGAAGAAGAUCGGGCGCCGAUUACAAUAGAAAUUCUCAGCAAACCGAACGCGACUCCCGUUACUUCAAUUCGAGCUCCAGCUCUUCCGAUUCAAGCUGUGCCGGAGGUUUUUCUUCGUCGGAAGCUGAAUCAGUUUACGGCGUAUCAUCAAGGCCUAAACCUAUCCGUAUAACCACGAAUCGAAAUGAUGAAUACAGCACGAGAGAGAAACAGAGGAACACUUAUGGCCAAAAGUACCAACUCGAAGAUUACCAAUCAAAACCAAAACACGAAGGCAAGUUCGUGAGGACAAAAUCGAGAGCAAUGAAGAUCUAUGGCGACCUAAAGAAGGCGAAGCAACCAAUUUCUCCAGGGGGUCGGUUGGCAACUUUUCUAAACUCACUUUUCACUACAGGCAACGCGAAGAACACUAAGCUUUCAUCCUCCUCCGCCGGAGGUUACGACGACGCCAUCGAUCACAUCGACAGAAAAUCAAAAUCCGCCAAUGCAUCAACAUGUUCAUCCGCAUCGUCAUUUUCUCGAUCGUGUUUGAGCAAAACUCCAUCAUCCAGAGGAAAAUUGAGCAAUAACAAAAUGAGAUCUGUGAGAUUCUACCCAGUGAGUGUGAUCGUCGACGAAGACUGUCAACCGUGCGGACACAAAUCUCUGUACGGAGAAGAAUCAAAUCUACCGACAAUCAACUUUGUCAAAAAUCCUAUUACUGAAGAGUUUAAAUUACAUUCAACUGAGAAAACCCGUCGCAUUGAAGAAGCUGCAAGGGAGUUGUUGAGGAAUUACCAGAAAAAAGUGGAAUGCGAGUUCGAUUUGAUCAAGAGCAAUGUUAAAGGGAACAACGAUAUAAACAUGAACUACGACGACGAUGAAGAUGACGAUGCCGCCAGCCAUACCAGCUCCGAUCUUUUCGAGCUCGAGAACCUUUCUGCAAUCGGAAUGGAAAAAUAUCGAGAUGAAUUGCCGGUAUACGAAACAACUCAUUUGGAUACGAAUAUAGCCAUAGGUAAAGGCUUCUUCAUGUAAUUGAACAAAAAAUUAGGUUAUUGUUAGUUAUUUUGGUGUGUUGGGGGGGUUUACGUGAAGAUAAAUUAGAAGUAAAAUAAAUUCUCUUUUUUUGUUAUAUUUGAAUUAGGUAAAAGGUAUGUUUAUGAAAUGAAGUUGUAUUUCUUUUAUCAAUUUAGGUUGCAAAAUGAAUUGCUCAGAUUAUGUAGUUA